AGUAAAUUCUGCGUCGAUACGAGAUACAUAUUCCGGUAAAAUGUCUUCUGUUAGCUUUUUAGCUGUUAGCCUUCUUUUCUACGUUACCUGUCUCCUACUGGAAUCUUUUGUUUCUGCUAAAACCCCACACAUCCUCUUUAUUGUGGCAGAUGAUUAUGGAUGGAAUGACGUUGGUUUCCGGAAUCCUGAUGUUAUCACACCAAACAUUGACAAACUGGCACACAGCGGCAUGAUCUUACAGUCUUCCUAUGUAAUGCCCGUCUGUACGCCGUCGAGGAACUCGUUCAUGACUGGUCACUACGCCUACAAGUCCGGCCUCCAGCACAUUGUCAUUCUUCCCCCACAGGCAACUUGUUCUCCACUGAAUUAUACAUUUCUACCACAGAAACUUAAAGAAUUAGGAUAUGCUACCCAUGCCAUUGGAAAGUGGCAUCUAGGAUUUUGUAAGUGGGAGUGUACGCCGACCUAUAGAGGGUUUGACACUUUCUAUGGUUUUUAUAAUGGGGCGGAAGAUUACUACGAGCUGAAUGUUGUCGGUGGUAAGGACUUCCGGGACAACAAAACACCUGUAAAUGCCACGGGAGAAUAUUCAACGCACAUGUAUGCCCGCCGAGCCCAGUCUAUCAUUAUGGAUCAUGACAUGACUAAGCCUAUGUAUAUGUAUCUGCCGUUCCAAGCUGUACAUCCACCUCUUCAGGUUCCAGAGCGUUAUAGUGACAUGUACCCGAACGUGAAAACAGAGUCACGCAAAACCUACUUAGGCAUGGUGACAGCUAUGGAUGAAGCAAUAGGAAACAUAACUAAUGCAUUGAAAGCUAAAGGGAUGUUCAACGAUACUCUUAUCAUAUUUACUGCGGAUAACGGCGGCUGGGUGACAAAUGCCGGAAAUAAUUACCCACUAAGGGGUGGUAAGACUACCUUAUUCGAAGGGGGAACAAGAGCCACAGCAUUUAUAUCCGGGGCAGGCAUACAGAAAACCAACACUGUUUAUAACGGCAUUAUACAUGCAGUGGACUGGAUGCCUACUGUUCUCAGUGCAGCCGGAGGGAAACCAGAUCCAUCUCUAGACGGAAUCGAUCAGUGGGAUAGUCUAAGAACAGGACGGGAGUCAAAAAGAACCGAAUUCAUAUACAACAUCGAUGAUAAGAAACCGGAGAACUGUGGCCAUGCUGCCAUUAGGAUUGGGGAUUACAAAUUAAUAGAUGGCUAUCCAGGGCAAUUUCAAGGCUGGUACAAGCCUGAUCAAGUGGUAAACCAAAAUCAAAUUGAUGCAGCAGCUCACAACGAAUCGUCCUUCGCUGACACAAUGAUGCUUUUCAACUUAAAAGAUGAUCCAAAUGAACGCGUGGAUUUGUCCAAAAAGCUCCCGGAUGUGGUAUCUAAGUUGAAAUCGAGGCUUGACGAUUAUCACAAACAAAUUGUCCCUGCAAAUUACCCACCUUUUUCCAAAGCUUCAGCUCCAAGCAAUUAUGGUGGAUUUUGGUCUCCAGGAUGCUCUCUAUUGUUCGAUGAUUCCAUGCAUACACAUUCCGGUAGAAUGUCUAUUACUAGCCUUCUGCUCUGUGUUACCUGUGUUCAUCUAGGAACUUCGGUUUUUGCUAAAGCCCCACACAUCCUCUUCAUAGUGGCAGAUGACUAUGGAUGGAAUGAUGUCGGUUUCCGGAAUCCUGACGUCAUCACGCCAAACAUUGACAAACUGGCGCACAGCGGCAUGAUCUUACAGUCUUCCUAUGUAAUGCCCGUCUGUACACCGUCGAGGAACUCGUUCAUGACUGGUCACUACGCCUACAAGUCCGGCCUCCAGCACCUUGUUAUUCUUCCCGAGCAGGCUACUUGUUCUCCCUCGAAUUACACAUUUUUACCACAGAAGCUUAAACAACUGGGGUACACUACCCACGCCAUUGGAAAGUGGCAUCUAGGAUUUUGUAAGUGGGAGUGCACGCCGACUUAUAGAGGGUUUGACACGUUCUAUGGUUAUUACAAUGGAGCGGAAGAUUAUUACCAGCUUAAUGUUGCCGGUGGUAAGGACUUCCGGGACAAUAAAACACCUGUUAAUGCCACGGGAGAAUACUCCGCGCACAUGUAUGCCCGGCGAGCCCAGUCUAUCAUUAUGGAUCAUGACAUGACUAAGCCUAUGUAUAUGUAUCUGCCGUUCCAAUCUGUACACGAACCUCUGCAGGUCCCAGCUCGUUAUAGUGCCAUGUACCCAAAAGUGAAAACAGAGUCACGCAAAACCUACCUAGGCAUGGUGACAGCAAUGGAUGAAGCAAUAGGAAACGUAACUGAUGCCUUAAAAGCUAAAGGGAUGUUCAACGAUACACUUAUUAUAUUUACUGCAGACAAUGGUGGCUGGGUGACAUUUGCCGGAAAUAACUACCCACUAAGGGGAGGUAAGGCCACGGUUUUCGAAGGGGGAACAAGAGCCACCGCAUUUAUAUCCGGGGCCGGCAUACAGAAAACCAACACUGUUUAUAACGGCAUUAUACAUGCAGUGGACUGGAUGCCUACUGUUCUCAGUGCAGCCGGAGGAACACCAGACCCAACUCUAGACGGAAUAGAUCAGUGGGAUAGUCUAAGAACAGGAGGGGAGUCGAAAAGAACCGAAUUUAUAUACAACAUUGAUGAUUUGAAACCGGAGGUCUGUGGCCAUGCUGCUAUAAGGAUUGGAGAUUACAAAUUAAUAGAUGGCUAUCCAGGUCUCUAUCAGGGCUGGUACAAGCCUGAUCAAGUGGUAAAAGAAAAUUAUAACGAUGCACCAGCGAACGUCACAUGGCCUUUUAGUGACAAAAUGAUGCUUUUUAAUUUAAAAGAUGAUCCAAAUGAACACGUGGAUUUGUCAAAAAAGCUCCCUGAUGUGGUAUCUAAAUUGAAAUCGAGGCUUGAAGAGUAUCACAAACUAAUGGUACCUGCUAAUUUUCCAUCUAAUACUAAAUCUGCAGCGCCAACGAAUUAUGAUGGAUUUUGGACUCCGGGGUGGUGCUAAUUAUUGAAUAACAACAUUUUGAUUUGUAAAAAGGGUUAUACUGACAG